GUUUCAUCUUCUUUGCAUGUUUACUUUACAAAGAUUGGGUCGGUACUUCUGCAGUGACGUAGGAUGACUUUGAAAUGAUUUUUGAAGUUGAGGGAGAAAAUACGAUUGGAGUUUUUCGACAAACUGUCUUGAGCCAGAAUACACAGAGUUCAGGCAGAGCAAGACAAGACGAGGGUUUGAGAUUAAAAAGUAUUUAAGUUGUAUUUUAUUUAUGAAAACAACCGAUCGUUUCGCUAGAUCUUACUACUUCUUCCUCGGCUGGGAUCAUUUACAACCGCAUUUGAUCGUUUGAAACAGCUAUCGAAUUGCAUUUUGUACGUUUAAACUUGGAGCACCAUAUCAGUCCAUUGUAUGGAGAAAAAUCCUGAAAUGUUUUCCUCAAAAAACUAUUUCUUUACGACUGAAGAAAGAAAGGCAGGAAUUCGACAGGUUUUGUUCAUAAAAACCUAGCAACCCUGAACCUGAAUAACCUGAAUAACCUGACAAAGUUUUGGAUGCUGUCUCUUGUCAAACAUGCCGCUUUUCUUUUCACAAGAUGUUAACUGAUGGCCUGGAGUCGAUGUUUUAUCAUUCAAGACUGUGUCCGUUCUCUACUGAGGAUCCUUUGAUGCUGACAGCUGGUCACUCCCAUUGUGGACUGUUCCUAUAAAUGCAGAUUUCUGGGAACUGAAGAAAAGGAGAAAAUUUAGGUACACCAACUCAUUUGUUGAUGAAAGUGAAACUGGGAGAACCUUAUUUGAAUGUCUCAAGUGAUUAUAUCAGGAUGACAGAUGCUAAUGGAGAUCAACGAAUGUUAACGAUUCUUUCAUGGAAUGUAAACGGUUUUAACCGCAAAAGAUCUGAGGUGCUUCAUCAUUUAAGUCUUCUAAAGGCUGACGUGGUCUUUCUUCAAGAAACUCAUGUAGGUCCAGAUAGAAUCUACUCGACUGGGAGCAUCAAAGUUCAAGAUUUAGAAUGCGAUUACAUGGCGGCAUUCAGCAUAUUUAAAAGAAGCUCACGAGGGGUGGCCGUACUUUUCAAAAAGAACCUCGGAUGUGGUGGUUUUAAUGUCAAUUGCGAUGAAAAGGGAAGAUUUAUAAUAAUCUCAUGUCAAAUUUGGGGGCGUGAUUUUGUAUUUAUCAACGUGUAUAACUCAAAUGACGAAAAAAUUAAGAUGACAGAUUUCACACAGAUUUCAGCUCACGUCAACCAUUCUGCAUAUGUGGUGGUUGGUGGAGAUUUUAACACUGUUAUGGAUGCCGACCUUGAUAAAACUUCAAAUUUACGAAACCGAAGUCACAGAAAGUCUUUUGAUGCUCUCCAGUGUUUUUUGGAAAACGUCAGCUUGGUGGAUGUCUGGCGGUGUGUUUACCCGGAAUUAAAAAGCUUUACGUAUUUCGAUGUGAAAGGUCAGUCGAGAUUGGACUACUUCUUUUUGCAAAGUCACAAUUUAACAAGCGUUACUGCCUGUAACAUUCACACAAGGCCAAUGUACUCAGAUAAAGAAGAGUACGUUUCUGAUCACGCUCCAUUGUCAAUUCAAAUUCAGACAAAUGGACCAAAAUGGCAGUUUGAUUCUUGUCUCCUUGAAGAUAAAGCAUGUCUGGAACACUUUUCAUGCAUAAUAAAGAAAAUUUCACAAAUAAAGACCAGAAGGAAUGAACACAUGUGGCCAGGAGUGAAAGUCAGACUUGUAUGUGAGGCAAUAGCUUUUCAAAGACAAACAUCUCCUCAACUUCCUCAAGAGAUGGACCAAGGAGGCCAUCCAGGUUCAGAAUCAUCCAUUGAGAUUCUUCAUACACCGAAUGCUUCUUCACAGAGUCUUCUGAACUUCUUGAAUCAUUUACACCGAACUGAAAGAUUCGAAGAUGUAAAAUCCACAUUGAUUAGUGUUUUAAGUGAACCUGUUUCGAGAAAAGAGAUUCUGGACGCUAUACUGUCCUUACCUCAGUCUGAGAGUCUAACAGCAGAUGGACUAACAGUGCAUUUCUACAAGCGUUACGCUUGUAAAAUUAUUGAUCUCUUGCAAGCAUUUUUCAACCAAAUCCUUGACCUUAAGCCAAUUCAACAAACCAUUUUUGGAUCACUUAGCCAAGGCGAAAAUGAUCAUACCUACAGCUAUGAUAUUCAAUAUCACUUUAGUUUGAUUACAAUACUUAAUGUGGAUUAUAAAAUUCUAGCUUUGAUUCUGGCAGAGAGGUUGAAAAGCAUUCUAGAACACAUUUUAAAUCCAGGUCAAAGCAAACCACACAUUUCUGUUCGAGACAGCAUUAGUGAUAGAAUCCCAGUGCUGGUUAUUUCAUUAAAACUAGAUCCAGGUGCACUAAAAUGGCAAUAUUUGUUUAACAGCUUAAAGUCUGUGAACCUACCUGACCGGUUUAGAUCCGUAUUGAAGCUGGUUUUGAUGGCAGAUCACAGAUCACAAGGUUUGAGGGUGGGAUGCCCACUGACUCCUUUAUUAGUAAGCAUCUGCCUUCUUCCUCUGAUUAACUCCAUUAACUGUGAGAACACGUUUUUAGGGCCUAAAGUUCAUGGAGAAACCAUAAAGUCAGUCAUUGAUAAAGACAGGGCCUUAAUUGUUCUGUCUAACUCGAAUGAGGCUCUGGAUAGUUUUGAAAAGAUGCUCAGGGAUUUCUUUGAAACAUCAGGCUUUACCAUUGAUGAAAUGUGCUCUGAGGUAAUUUUUACAGGUUCGUCUGACAUCAGUUUAGACAAAGACAAACUUAAGUUGUUUAAGAGAACGAACAAUGGACUAUGUGGUUUUAUGCAUGAAUGACUGUUGAACCGUCAGAAUUACUGUGUUAACCGACGUGAUACAAUCGAUGGAGGGCGCAGUUAUCCACCUCAUUCUUUAACGCGGAAGUAACCCUGGUGAAAAAAACAGCAUAUGCUGGUUAGGUAUGUUUUUGUGCUGGUUUAAGCUGGUCCUUUGCUGGUUUGUGCUGGUCCUUGACCAGCAACAUGACCUGCAUAAACCAGCAAAGGACCAGCUUAAACCAGCACAAAAACAUACAUAACCAGCAUCCCAGCAUCAAAACAUACCUACCAGCAUAUGCUGUUUUUUUCACCAGGGAAGCCUAUGGGAAAUAGUGAGAAUAACAACUAUGUGCAGUAAAUUGUAAAACUGUUUGCACUACAAACCAGUGUGUUCAUAAUUAAGACAAUACAUUAAAGUAAUACGGUAAGACACCAGCAAAACAAGCUGUGUUGUCCAAUAACUGCACAUGGAUGAGACCAGAAGCGAGGCCCAUGAAAUGUGCAAACGUCCUGCUCUUACAGGAAAAAUAAGGUCCAAGAAUCAAUUCUGAUUUUCUCUGAAUCUUGAUAGAUUAUAAUUUUAUUUACAUUGUACUUUACACUUUGUGAAGCACAUUAAGGUGAAAAAGCAUGUUCACCAACUGAAUCUCUUUGUUGAACUAAUUUAAAAUCGAGUCAGUGAAUCAAAAUCCCCUAGCACUCUUUCUCUCUAUUAUUUUUCAUAAAUCAAAGUACUUUUAAGGCUCUACAUGCAGUUGAGGUCAAAAUACAUCCCCCUUUCAGAAUCUGCAAAAUGUUAAUUAUUUUAUCAAAAUAAGAGCGCUCAUACAAAAUGCAUGUUAUUUUUUAUUUAGUACUGACCUGAAUAAAAUAUAUUCACAUAAAGAAUGUUUACAUAUAGUCCACAAGAGAAAAUAAUAGUUGAAUUUAAAAAAAUGACCCUGUUCACAAAUGUACAUCCCCUUGAUUCUUAAUGCUGUGUUCUUACCUGAAUUAUCUACACUUGUGUGUGUGUUUUUUUUAUUUAGUAAUAGUUGUAGUGAUAGUAGAGUCCCUUGUUUGUCCUGAACAUUUAAACUGCCUGCUGUUCUUCAUAAAAAUCCUUCCAGUCCAACAAAGUCUUUGGUAUGAUUUUGAGAUCCACCUUUUGACACUGAGGACAACUGAGGGUCUCAUAUACAACUAUUACAUAAGGUUCAAAUGCUCACUGAUACUUCAGAAGGAAAUACAAUGCAUUAAGAGCUGGGGGUGAAAACUUUUUGAAUUUGAAGAUCAGGGUACAUUUAACUUAUUUUGUCUUCUGGGAAACAUGUAACUAUCUUCUAUUGCCUCUGAAGGGCAGUACUAAAUGAAAUAAUAUGAUACUUAGGCAAAAGUAAAUGAAAAAAAGAAAAAUGAAAAAUGUCCAUCAUAAAAUGAUUUUUUUUUUGUUCAAAAGUUUUCACCCCCUGGCUCUUAAUGCAUUGUUUUUUCUUCUGGAGCAUCAGUGAGCGUUUGAACUAGGGAUGUCACAGUACUCAAUAUAAUAUCAAACCGUUCGGUACAACAUCCACGGUUCAAUACGUGCAUGUGAAUUGUGGUUUUUCGGUUUUGCAUUUAAAUCAUUUCCUUGUUUUAUUUCUCUCAAAAUUUGCUGUGUGUGUGCCCGUGAUUUCACUUGCUGAGAUGAUGAAACGCUUUCCUGUUUAUAUUUGAAAAAAGCAACACAAGCAGAGCAUCUUCUCUUCUAAUGAAAUGCAAUGAUAAGCCUUUCUAAACCUGUUGUCCAACAAAAGAGAACAUUAAAACUUAUUUUUACUUCA